AUCAAUUUUACCGGUGUCACGUGACUUUCUGGCCGCUCCGUGCUUCAGGGUUGUUCUUGCUGUAGUUAAAGAUGCUGCCCUGUCUGCUAAUGUCACCAGUUAGACGAAGACAAUAAACAGAGGACACAACGAGGUUGGAUAAGGCCGACGAGGACCCUUUCUGUCUCCGAGCAGCACCACUUACACCUGUGGACAGAAUGGAGAGCGACGCUGAAUCUAGAAAGCUGAACGGCCAGCCUGAGGGUCCGGCAGCUCUUUCAAAACCCAAAGAGAGCAUGCAGCUCAAAAAGGAGAUCUCUCUCAUGAACGGCGUCAGCCUCAUCGUGGGGAAUAUGAUUGGCUCAGGCAUUUUUGUGUCGCCAAAGGGUGUUCUAAUCUACAGCGCCUCUUACGGACUGUCUCUAGUUAUCUGGGCCAUUGGUGGCAUCUUUUCAGUAGUAGGUGCUCUCUGUUACGCCGAGCUCGGCACGACAAUAACUAAGUCUGGCGCCAGCUACGCCUACAUCCUGGAGUCGUUUGGAGGCUUCAUAGCAUUUAUACGUCUAUGGACAUCACUGCUUAUCAUCGAACCAACAAGCCAGGCCGUAAUUGCCAUAACUUUUGCCAACUACUUGGUUCAGCCGCUCUUCCCCACCUGCGAGCCUCCGUAUUCUGCUUCUCGGCUCAUUGCUGCAGCUUGUAUUUGCCUGCUGACCUUUAUUAAUGCCGCUUAUGUUAAGUGGGGUACCAGGGUGCAGGAUGUCUUCACUUACGCCAAAGUGCUGGCCCUCAUCGUCAUUAUUAUCACGGGGAUGGUGAAACUGUGUCAAGGUUUUACAAUGAACUUUGAGGAUUCGUUCAAAGGCUCAUCUCGCAAGCCAGGAGAUAUUGCUUUGGCAUUGUACUCGGCUCUUUUCUCAUACUCAGGCUGGGACACGCUUAACUUUGUCACAGAAGAGAUUAAGAACCCUGAAAGGAACCUUCCUCUCUCCAUUGCAAUCUCCAUGCCGCUUGUUACGAUCAUCUACAUCCUAACAAACGUGGCCUAUUAUGCUGUGCUGGACAUGAGUGCCAUCCUUGCCAGUGAUGCUGUCGCUGUGACGUUUGCAGACCACACUUUGGGAGUGAUGAGUUGGACCAUCCCUAUUGCGGUUGCUUUAUCCUGUUACGGAGGUCUUAAUGCUUCUAUCAUUGCUGCAUCCAGGUUGUUCUUCGUGGGAGCUCGAGAAGGUCAUCUUCCAGAUGCUUUGUCUAUGAUUCACGUGGAGAGAUUCACGCCCGUUCCUGCUCUGCUAUUUAAUUGUGCCAUGGCCCUCAUCUACCUUACAGUGGAGGAUGUUUUCCAGCUGAUUAACUAUUACAGCUUUAGUUACUGGUUUUUUGUUGGCCUGUCUAUUGCUGGGCAGAUCUACCUUCGCUGGAAAGAGCCAGACAGGCCCCGACCUCUGAAGUUGAGUCUGCUGUAUCCCAUCAUCUUCUGCUUGUGUGUUGUGUUCCUGGUGGCUGUGCCACUUUAUUCUGACACACUCAACUCACUUAUUGGAAUUGCUAUUGCCCUCUCCGGAGUGCCUGUUUACUUCUUGGGUAUCUAUCUUCCAGAGACCAAGCGCCCACCCAUAAUCACUAAACUGUUAUGUGCCAUCACCCGUUUCACCCAGUUCUCCUGUUUUUGUGUGCUCACUGAGUUAGACACGGUUGAUUAGAACACUUGCACCCCUUUGACCCAAAAACCCACUGGUUCGGGGAGAGGAAACCAAUGUCUGGAGAAACAGGAAAAAGAUCUUCCACACUUUUAAAGACACAGAUGCACUCUUAAUGUCACUGCGUUGGAUUCUUCUUUUUCUUUACUAUAAAAGGGAUCUGCUAAGGCCACAGUGGACUGCAAUAUUAGAAAUAUGACCCUGAGAACCAUAUGGCAUGAAAAUGAAUGUCUGGUUCAUAAUGGUACCGGAGAGCUCAUGACGCAAACACUAUCUGUAUUUCUCUCUGAGAAAUGAGGACAUAAACAGGAUGUGGUGAUUUGUGUGUGCCAUUAUGAAGAAUAUGGUCAAGAAUUAAAUUAUUUGCAUUUUUGUAACAUUUGCCCCUUUUUUUAAUCUAACAUGGUUUUAUUUUAGAAUCUAGUUUUAAAAAUGUCUAACAAUUUAUCCACUUUUUGAAGUGAAAGAUUUUAUUGUGAUUACCUUCGCACAAAUGUGUCUUCUCUUAUAGUAUUUGGAGAGGUCAGUCCUGUAUAAUUGCCCACAUGCCUUAGCUGGUUUUUAGAGGGAAGGUAAUUGUAUGUAUUUGAACACUGAAAUCUGCUGCUAUGCUUCUGUACAUGUAGUGAAGCAUCACCUUCGCUUGUGCAAGAGGUUAGGAAGGAACAAAGAUUGAUCUCCUCUAACAGGAACAAAGAGUACAUCAGAUGUGCCAGAAACAUUUGUCGACUCGAUCCAGGAGUAUUUUUAAGAGUCCCUCUUCUUGGUUUGGACCUCUAUCUGUGUUUUUGAAUUCAGUUAACUUCAAUUUCAGAGACUUCAGUUUUAAACUGAAAAAAAAAAAAAAAAAGAGAUUGUCCAAAUGAAUUCAUAUUACAAUAGUAAGUGUCAUGAAAUUUGCUCUUCAAUCAUUCAGUUUCUAUAAAAUCAUCUUUAUAUGUCCAUUGGUCAAACCAGCAAUACAUUGUUACUGGUAAAAAUCCCAGUAAUCUCAGGAUGAAAGGCCAGAUGUGAUUUAAACAGGUCACUCGGAUAAAUGCUUACCUUUUGGCAUGAAACACACUGAACAGCUUUCAAACUAUAUUGUUAUUUGCCUUUAUGCACAAGUGUUUCUAUUAAUUUAUUUCAAAGAAUAUCAAUAAAACCUUUUUCUACCAGACAAGAACUGUUUGAAUAAAUGA